CGAACGGUCACACUGCUCCCGCUCUGCCACUUGCCUAUAUAUUUACUCGCACGAAUUAAAUUGUUUUUAUUCCCGUAAACGUACGCGUCGUCACGUUGCCAUAGCACCAACACAGCAAGCACAAACAAAAAAAAAAACAACGAAGAAAUAUAAGAACGACGCAGUUGUGAUUUGGCAAUGUUAUUUCUCCAGUAAAGUGCAGCAAUAAGCAAAACCUUGAAACGAAAUCAACAAUAUCAGAAUGGAGCCUUUGCAUCAACUGCUGAUGCUGUCAUCACUGCUCCUGGUGGCCGGCAUUUGCUUUAUGCCCCAAGUGCUGACGGCUGAACAGGACAAGGUUCAGAUUGUCCACUACCAGCCGGAGCAAGUGCAUCUGGCCUUUGGCGAGCGCACCGCCAGCGAGAUGGUUGUCACCUGGUCAACGCGCAGCCUGCCGCCGGACACGGCCAGCAUUGUCGAGUACGGACUGAUAGUGGCCGGACAGUCAACCCCCUACAGGCUCAAUCAGCGUGCCCAAGGCACGGCCACCAAGUUCGUGGAUGGCGGCCGCAAGCACUCAACACAGUUUAUCCAUAGGGUGACGCUUAGCCAGCUAGAGGCGAACUCCUCGUAUGCCUACCACUGCGGCAGUGGCCUGGGCUGGUCGGCCGUUUAUCAGUUUCGCACGGUGCCCGCAGCCGACGCGGACUGGUCGCCCUCGCUGGCCAUCUACGGGGACAUGGGCAACGAGAAUGCCCAGUCGCUGGCCCGCUUGCAGCAAGAGACGCAGCUGGGCAUGUAUGAUGCCAUCAUUCAUGUGGGUGACUUUGCUUACGACAUGAACACGAAGGAGGCGCGCGUCGGGGAUGAGUUCAUGCGACAGAUCGAGACAGUGGCCGCCUACCUGCCCUACAUGGUGGUGCCGGGCAACCACGAAGAGAAGUUCAAUUUCUCCAAUUAUCGGGCCCGAUUCAGCAUGCCGGGUGGGACGGAGAACAUGUUCUACAGCUUUGAUCUGGGGCCCGUGCACUUCAUCGGCAUCUCGACGGAGGUCUACUACUUUAUGAAUUAUGGCGUCAAGACUUUGGUCUUUCAGUACGAAUGGCUGAGGAGGGACCUGGAGCAGGCCAAUCUGCCAGAGAAUCGCGCGAAGCGUCCGUGGAUCAUCAUCUACGGCCAUCGGCCCAUGUACUGCAGCAACGAAAACGACAACGACUGCACCCACUCGGAGACCCUCACCAGGGUCGGCUGGCCCUUCGUUCACAUGUUCGGAAUGGAGCCGCUCCUGUACGAGUUUGGCGUGGAUGUGGCAAUCUGGGCCCACGAGCAUUCGUACGAGCGACUGUGGCCCAUUUAUGAUUACGAGGUGCGCAAUGGAACUCUCCAGGACUCGCCCUACGAGAAUCCCGGCGCACCGGUCCACAUUGUGACGGGCUCGGCCGGCUGCAAUGAGGGACGUGAGCCGUUCAAGGGCAAAAUACCCGAGUGGAGUGCCUUCCACAGCCAGGACUAUGGCUAUACGCGCCUUAAGGCCCACAAUCGCACUCAUCUGCACUUUGAGCAGGUCUCCGAUGAUCAGAACGGAGCCAUCAUAGAUCAAUUUUGGCUAAUCAAAUCGCAUCACGGCAGCUAUCAGAAUCGGAACUAGAACUAACGCGCAGGCCAAACCAACGAGCUGAGUCUCCGGUAAACAACCGAAGAACCUAUGGCACCACUGUAGGAACUGUAGGAUAACUGGCAGUAUUAGUAGCGCACAUUUACACAAUCACACAAAUUAGGAACAAGCUUUACCUGGCGGCUGUAACAUUCCCCCCAAAUCGAUCCCAGAACAAACAAAAAACUAUUUUAAUUAGACAAUUCCAAUUUUACUACAUGGACUACUACUUAUGCAAGUGCAUUUAAUGAUAAUAUCUUACGCUAUAAAUGUAUACUUUAAGAGUCCCCGCCCCCCUACUCGCAUGGUGAUCGGAACAGAACGUGGAGGGCAGAACAGGGAGUUUACAUUGAGUUCAUCUUUAUUUCUGUGUAUUUGUUGCGGCUGUAGCUCGCUUGUCCGUCUGAUCUGCGUAGAAUUUAUGUACACUUGUUGUCCAAAUUCAUGUCUAUAUAUUAUCGUAGAGAACAGCUUUGUGCACGCUUUUUAACAUGUCUGUAGUUGGCUUUCAUUUGAGUCUAAAUUAUCUUUUUGCUAUUUUGUUACUCGUUUCCAAGUAUUUUUACACCAUAAAUAGACCAAAAAUUUAGAGAGUUUGCACAAAAUGUUUGAUGUACAUAUUCUUGGUAAAUUGCAAAAAAUGGUCUAAAGAUUAAAACAAUCGCUAAAAAUCUUAUAGAAUCUUUGCAUCUUAUGGAAGAUUUUUCUAUUGAAUUAAUGGAACUCCUUGCAGUUAAAAACGUAGCAAAAAACCGACUUGACUUUUAGAGAUUCCAGUGAAAGGGUAGAGUCCCUAGCCUUAACCCACUCAGUUCCAUCGAUGCCAAAUGGCGCUGGCGGGGGCUUAUCUUAAUGGUCGGAUCUCUGCGACCUGUUGGCUUGUUGUAUCUCUGUGUACCUUUCGUCUCAUUAAACUGCUUUUAUCAACCAAAC